CGCAGUGCUCGGUGCGCGCCGCCGCCCCUCCGGCCCAGCUUGCCGGCCUGCCCUCCCUCCCCCUCGGCCCGCUCUCCUCGCCCCCAGCCCUCUCCUGUCCUCGGCCCGGCGGCCCGGCGCGCGGUGGGGCGCGACGAUCGCGGCCUGGCGAUCGGGGCACGGUGGUCGUGGCGCUCGAGGGUGGCGCGCAAGGCGCGGGGCGCGAGGCCAGACCUGGCGCAGCAGGGCGUGGGGGGCGGGCAGCGGCGGAGUCCCCAGAGGAGAGCAGGGGCAGGGGGGUGCCGAGGUGUGAGGAAAGCCCGCAUUCGUGGCUAUGAUCUGUGUGGACAUGCACGCACCAAAGUCAGGCAAGUGAGACGCUGGGUCUGAGGGAGGAACAAUGGCAGUGUUUCUGGAGGCCAAGAAUGCCCAUUCGGUCCUGAAACGCUUCCCUCGUGCCAAUGAAUUCCUGGAGGAGCUGCGCCAGGGCACCAUUGAGCGCGAGUGCAUGGAGGAGGUCUGCAGCUACGAGGAGGUCAAGGAGGUGUUCGAGGACAAGGAGAAAACGAUGGAGUUCUGGAAGGGGUACCCGAAUGCAGUCUACUCAGUCCGAGACCCUGCACAAAGCUCAGAUGCCAUGUACGUGGUGGUGCCCCUUCUGGGGGUGGCGUUGCUGAUUGUCAUUGCCCUGUUCAUCAUCUGGAGGUGCCAGCUGCAGAAAGCCACCCGUCAUCACCCGUCGUAUGCUCAGAACCGGUACCUAGCCAGUCGCGCCGGGCACAGCCUCCCCCGGGUCAUGGUGUACCGGGGCGCUGGGCAUAGCCAGGGGGAGUCCUCUGGGCACCGUGAGGCGGGGAGCAAUGCGCAGGUGGUGCUGGGGCCCAGUCGAGGGGGCAGAACCACGGUUCGCCUCGAGAGCACCCUCUACCUCCCUGAGCUCUCUCUCUCCAGGCUGUCCAGUGCCACUCCUCCCCCAUCCUAUGAGGAGGUGACUGCACCCCAGGAGAGCAGCAAUGAGGAGGCGAGCAUCUCUUACAGCGACCCACCCCCGAAGUAUGAGGAGAUAGUGGCCACCAACCCUGGCUCGGACAAGUAGUAGGACUUUUGUCCUGUCCGGAGUGAAAGCCUCUUUAAGGGGGUCUCUUAUUAUUAUUAUUAUUAUUAUUAUUAUUUUUUUUUUUUACUUUUUAAAGACUGUGCCACCACAAAACAGCCUUAGCCUCCUGUUGCCAAAUAAUUUCCUAACCGUGGAUUUGUAGGAAGUCAGUUGUCAGAGACAGGUGGAGGGGACGGGGGGGGGGGGUUGAGAACAUACAUUCGUCAAAGCCCCUGGGGAGAGCCACAGGCUAGAGAGUCCAGCUCUUCCCCAAACCCCCAUGCUCCCGCCAUCCUGUCCUCCCAUCAGGAACUGGCUUCUCUUAUGCCAAAGGUAUUACCCCAUUGAGUUGAUUGUGGCCAGAAUGUCCAUAGACUCAGGCCCCAGGGCCACGCAGCUGGCUGGAGACCUGUCUCUGUCUGGAAGCCUAGGCCGUGGAGUUGAGGGAGAGAAGCUAGCCUUUCAGCAAACCCCCUUUCCUCAACAGUCCUGUGCUUUCUGUCUUUGCUUUAUAAGGACUGAACAACAACAACAAAGGGUAAUAACAAAUGAGUAAGUGACCAACACAAUAAAACAAAACAAUAUAACCUGGGCCAUUCAUAGGGGACUGAGGGAAAUCAGAUCUGUGAUACUCCCCUGCCCCAACACCCACGCUGCUGACCACGUUAAAAGGAAUAUCUAGAGCAAGCUGGAAGGAGGACAGGGUGUGUGAAGGAUGAGGGGCAAGGGCAUAGCUGCCGGCUUGAGCGAGAGGCCUGUGUGAACUUGGCCAUCCUGGAGGCUAGCUCUGGUUCUAGUGGGCUUGGCCUCCUGAAGACCUUGGCUUUCUAGACAUGUGUACCAGCUGUGCUAAAACCGCUACGCACUGGCCUGAGCCCAAUCAGAGCACUGAGAAAACUAACGCUGGUGACCCUGCCUGGGGAGCCCAUGGCCUCUGAGUGGUUGAGGGUACGGGCUGGGGCAGAGAGCUUAAGUUUUCUCCUACAGAGGUUGACUGGCCCAUGGAAUGACUAAACCCAUGAACCUGGCCUCCUCAGCACUGUGCUUUCUGGCUUUGAACUUUUAGGAUACUUCCUUUUCCGUGAGCAGGUACAGAGUUGAACUUGAACUUCAGAUGACUGACUUCUCCUUAAUAAUGGUGCCCACCUGGGGAAAAGAUCCUGAAGUGUCCCUUUUUAGAAAUUUCUUGGCAGGGGAGGUGGGGAAGCCUGUGACGUGGGGUCGAAGGCCCAUUCAGGGUUUGCUGUGUUAUUGCCAGGUGCUGGUCCAUUUUUAGUAACCCCCUUCUCUGGCCUAGGGGCUGUCCACCUCUGCAUUUCAGUGAGGCUUUGGACAGCAGUGGGGCAGAAGUGACCUGCCCUUUAACUGACCGUGACCACGUAAAAGACUCUCGGUACCGCUUCCCCUCACCCCUGCAUGUCCAUCCUUCUGGCCCUAGUGCCAAAUCACUUUUCCUCUGUGGUGCUUUAAAAAAUGUAGCAAAUUUUUGUGGGGUCCCAAAGAGUGCACAGCCAGGGUCUAUCGGCAAGCCACUGAGAAGACAAGCUUCUUUCUGUCCAAACACGGCUCUCCACGACAGGCAUCGGGUCUCCUUCUUUGACUGCAACCCUGCCUCGAGGCCACAGAUGACUUCUGGAGGCCCCUCCCGUCCUGAGGACUGGCCUUGGGACAUGCUUCAAGUUUAGGAGACUUGUGUUCUUAUCCCAAUGAGGCCGCCAGCUUCGACAACUUGACCCGGUGGCUGGGGUUUUCCAUCCUUCCCACUCCCUCCCAGGCCUAUGGGAGGCUGACUGAGCUAAUGUCUGUGCAGUUCUUGAAGCACCAGGGAGCUAGUGCAGUUUGCCCUUAAGAAGAGUCUUCUAGAAAUGUGUAGCUUAUAGGAGACCAGUCUUAGUGGAGGCCCUCAUGUGACUCUGAUGUUGAGUCUCAACUUGGGGUGUCAGUCUCCUGCCAGUUGACACUUUCUGCCCCCUCCUCCUUCCCCAAGAGCUCCCUGAUGCCCGAGGUGCUGACCAGGUGCAUUCCACCUUUCCUUCCUUCCCCUUUUCCUCCCUCCGGGCCUCUAACACUACACUCCUGCCCUUCCUCACAAAGGUAUUUUUGGGCCUAGAGAGGCCCCCCCCUUUUUCCACGACGGAGGCUGUGGUCACUCCUGGUUGGCCAUGUUGGAGGACCUGGGGCAACCCGAAGCUCUGGGGCCAGCCCUGCCCUCCCAGCAUUUCCUCAGGCAGGUGGCUGCGUGUGACCCGGGAGCAUGGGAGAGCCAGGCAUGGGCCCCAGUGACCAGAGCCGAAGGGACUAGGCCAAGGAAUGCCUGCUGCCUUUGGCAUCUGCUGAGCCCUUCCCUGCCAAGCUGGGUGGAGAUGGGAGGGAGAGGGAAGCAGGAGCCUGGCCCGGUGGAGGACAGCACGUGUUGUGUCCUUCAGGCGCCGAGCCAGGGCCUGCAGGGACAGCGCACAGGCAGCUCCUAGGGCCCUGUAUUCUGUUAAGGUGCUUCGCAGGAUUCUUCCAGGUGGGCUUGCCACCGUGGUCUCUGGGACGUUUUUUGCAGUAUAUUGUAGGAAAAAAAAAACUGUACAGUACACCAUGGUCAUAACUCCUCGCGGUGCACAUUUGGCUUUUACGAAUGCUCUGUAUAUAUCUUUUCAAACUCUGUCUUUGUAUGGACGUUGGUUUGAUAUGUUGCUGAAUCUGUAGUAGCCACAUUUUUGUUGUUUUUGGACUUUGUGUGCGUGUGUGUGUGUGCGUGUGCCUGUACACGUGUGCACGUUGCCGUUUCUCAUAUGCUUAUCUGAAACAAGAGCCGGUGUGUGGCUAUAUUUGUACCGGGAGGGUACCAGUCUGAAGGGAGGAAUGUCACCUCCUGGGGCUGGACAGCCUUUUGACAGGGCCCUGAGGGAGGAAAGCUGCCCAAGCCCCCGCAAAGUCACCUUCUGCCCCCACUUCACAAAAAGUUUUGGGAGAGGACUAAGCCUUUUCUUUUUCUUUUUUAUUUUUAUAUUUUGGUGGGAAAAAAUGUGCGACUAUUGACUUUGGGACUGGUGGGGCUAGUUAUUCAGAUAUUUUUCACUAAGGAAAAAAGAGAAAAGGCUUUAAAAACCUUUUUAAGACUUUUUAAAUGAGAAUCGCAAACCUGUCCCUCCACGCUGCUCCCCAUCGCCUGGGGUUUUCAAGAUGAAAGCACAAGAGAAAGAGUGAAGCGCACGGGUGCCCAGCAACGUCUAGCAGGCUGACCUGGAGGCCAGGAGCCUCCUCUUCUGCUUGCGAAUCCCACUGCCAUUAGUGUGAAUUCCUGAGGGUGCUUGGGAAAACAGGAAUCUGCCCGGUGGGUUGGAUGUGGCCUUUCUGGUGGCCUGAAUAUGAGGAAUUCGGGACAGGAAAGUGUCUUUUUGUUAAGGAGUUGGAGCCAGAUGGUUCCUCUCUGGCUGCGGGUUGAUCUUUUGACAAACAAAUGGCAUCCCAUGAGAAGAAGGAAAAAACAACACUGCCUCUAGAUUGUUUUUUUUUUU